UCUUAUGAUACUCAACUACAGCUGGACAGGGCCAAUGCUACUUUCAAAGAAACUGGAGCUUUGUUGAAUCCUGAUCAUAAAAUUAAGUCUGCCAUUCUUGAUGGUUUAGCUGAAACAAUUGUUCAGUACAAGGUCUACCUCUCUGACAGGGAGUUUGAUGAGGUCGCAGAAGCUCUUGUAACAACCCAUCCAUGUUUGAAAGAGCCUGGUUCAGUCACUGGAUAUGGCGGAUGGAAAACAAGCUUGAAGUAUAAACUUGCUAACUACCGAACUAAGCUUAGACGGCUUGGAUGCCCUGAAGUUACUGUGAAUUCCUUAAAACAUAAACCUGAUGGCAAAUGUACUCCUGCGUAUAGCGUGAAGAAGCCAAAAAAAGCUGAAGUGAAUUACUGCCCCACUUAUCCAGCUGGUGAAACUGCAGAGACACUAGAAGAAAUCAGAGUGGACCUCCUGUCAGAAGUUAAGAAAAACAACAAUGACCAUAGGGUGGCUGCAAUGAUGGAGAAGACCUUAGCUCUCAGAAGGCAAGAGGUGGUACGUGAAGCACCGAUGAUCGCUGAUUUCAAAAUGAGGUGGCCAGCUCUCUUCCAUGUGUGUGAGGUGAGUGCAGAAUUCAAGAGGAUUACAACAAUCCAUUUGCAGUCCAAGUUCUUCUCCCAGCUGGAUAGUUAUUCGGCAAACCUUAUGAAGAUAUAUGCCAAGAAGGGUGGAAUACAAGGGCGAAAAAUUAAUACCAUCAUGGCACCUGCAACCCAGACUGCUGCUGUUGAAGUCAGAAGAGAAUGCAUCCUCAAAGGUGUUUGCGUGUACCUGAAUGAAGAUCCAGAGAAGCUGGUGAAGGAUUACCUGAUGCACAUAUCAAUCUGGCAUUCAGGCUUAAAGCCAGAAUUGCAGGAAUGCAACACGUGUUGCAGGGGACUCUUUCACUGCCCUCUGUGCCCCACUUUCAGCCCUACUGUCAGGGCAAAGAUUGAGGAGCAUCUAAAUGUGCAUAUAAAAAAUGCUUUGCCUUUCAAAGAUAAAAUGAUAUGCCGGUGCAGGCUUCCUUGUAGGACAACAGGACACUUUCACUGCCCUGUCUGUGAGAUUACAAUCAUACAGCGUGGGGAUAUGGCAAGGCAUUUAUUGUCUUGUCAGCAUUCUUCAAUGCCAAGUCAGCCACCAUUAUCAGGACUGCUCCCCGCUGAACUCUCCAAGGAGCCCCGUCUCCCUCCGGCAGCACUCUCCGAGGAGCCCUGUCUCCCUCCGGCAGCACUCUCCGAGGAGACCCGUAUUCCUCCGGCAGCACUCUCCGUGGAGCCCCGCCUCUCUCCCGCUGCACUCUCCGUGGAGCCACAUCUCCCUCUUGAUGUCUUGUCUCCAGCAUAUAAACCAUUUUCUGAAUCUUCAGUAGAACAUUCAUGUGUUCUACCCUCUGUGCUGAAUGAAACUGUGGCUUGUGGAAAGUCCAUGAAAAUGAAACGCCCUCACUGUGGUCUUAGUCUUCUUACAAAAAAAACUUCAAGGCUCACAUGAUUAGGAGGCAUUCAAACAGAUCAAUAGAUGUUUGCCUGACCUGUCAUCUGCUGUGUUUUUGUGUAGAGGGACUUCUUCCUCUUUGUUUUUCAGUUUGCAGGGGACAUGGAGCUCUUUUUAAAAGCAUGUGCUGACAAGCAGGGACUACGGGUCAAUUUGAUGUUUGACAUUUAAUGGACAGAUGAAGGCCCUGGCUGUUUGUUUGUGUUUUUUAUGUGUUGUUUGUUUUUCAGUGUACAGAAUUCCAGUUAAGCUUAUUAUAAAAUGUUGUUCACUUGUUUCCAUGUCCAUACUAAUAGUAAAAAUUUAAGUGUAAAUGUAACAGCAUUGUUUAUACUUGUAACUUCAGAGUAAAAAACUUAUUGUUGAUAUUAACAUUAAUGUAUUACCCUGUAAUCAAUAAUAUUUUUAUACAUUUUAUGCAUUAACCCUCUGAUCUCUAUCCUGGCCAUUUGUGGCCACUUCACUUCUUCCUCUUGUUUGACUACUACACUGCAGUGGACCAAAAGAAUGACACAGGUUUGAUCUAAUAGUUGUGUGUGUUUGUGCAUGACAUUGCAACGCAAAUAUGUAUUUGCAAGAUAGACUGGAAUAAAUUAUGACGCAUCAAAUAUUA